UUGUGCAGCCGAGGAAGCGUCGCAACGUUUCAGACGACGCCGCUACGAAAAUGGCAGAAACCGCUCGAGUCGCGCGGAAGCCCAGAGAUUAGGUUACACCGGAGCCACGCGCGUGUUAGCGAUGACCCUGGUCUGCUAGCGCGAGGGGGAACAACGGGAGAGGAUUCGGAAGGAAAAGCGGAUUAAAGAGUUGUUUUUUUCUUCCUCCACCUCCACCAACAACACCACCCAAAAAAAAACCCGUCCGGGUUGUGUCUGUCUCCAGCGAGCGGCGACUGCGGGUCGACACUUUUUGGAAUUAACCGUUGAGGGGUCUUGAGAGGACAGCCCCACUUGCACGCCCAGUCAUAGCGUUCGUCCAAGGCUUCACCAUGAACCGGAACAAGCGCGAGAAGGAGUACUACAGCAUCGAUGUGGGCGAUUCGACUUUUAUGGUUUUGAAGCGCUACCAGAACCUCAGACCCAUCGGAUCCGGCGCCCAGGGAAUCGUCUGUUCAGCGUACGAUCACAACUUUGAGAGGAACGUCGCCAUCAAGAAGCUGAGCCGGCCGUUCCAGAAUCAAACCCACGCCAAGCGGGCCUACAGGGAGCUGGUGCUCAUGAAAUGUGUCAACCACAAGAACAUAAUCGGCCUAUUAAAUGUAUUCACGCCCCAGAAGACACUGGAAGAAUUCCAAGACGUGUAUCUAGUGAUGGAGCUGAUGGAUGCCAACCUGUGCCAGGUGAUUCAGAUGGAGCUGGACCACGAGAGGCUGUCCUACCUGCUCUACCAGAUGCUGUGCGGAAUCAAACACCUGCACGCCGCCGGCAUCAUCCACCGGGACCUGAAGCCCAGCAACAUCGUGGUGAAGUCGGACUGCACCCUGAAGAUCCUGGACUUCGGCCUGGCCCGGACGGCCGCCACCGGCCUCCUGAUGACGCCCUACGUGGUCACGCGGUACUACCGCGCCCCCGAGGUCAUCCUGGGCAUGGGCUACCAGGCCAACGUGGAUGUCUGGUCUGUUGGCUGCAUCAUGGCUGAAAUGGUCCGGGGCAGUGUGCUGUUCCCAGGCACUGACCACAUCGACCAGUGGAACAAGGUGAUCGAGCAGCUGGGAACGCCGUCCCUGGAGUUCCUGAUGAAGCUCAACCAAUCGGUGAGGACCUACGUGGAGAACCGGCCGCGCUACGCCGGCUACAGCUUCGAGAAGCUCUUCCCCGACGUCCUGUUCCCCGCCGACUCCGAGAACAACAAGCUGAAAGCGAGCCAGGCCCGAGACCUGCUCUGCAAGAUGCUGGUGAUAGACGCGUCGAAGCGGAUCUCCGUGGACGAGGCUCUGAAGCACCCCUACAUCAACGUGUGGUACGACCCGACCGAAGUGGAGGCGCCGCCGCCCGCGAUCACAGACAAGCAGCUGGAUGAGAGAGAGCACACGGUGGACGAGUGGAAAGAACUGAUAUACAAAGAAGUGUUCGACUGCGAUGAGAGGACGAAGAACGGCGUCGUCAGGGGACCGCCGGCCUCCAUCGCACAGGUGCAGCAGUGAGCAGCAGCACGCGUCCACCGACCCGGCCCCCCUGACUGCGGCCUGGAUGACGAGCAUCUCCACCUCCUCGUGGUCCCAUCCUGGUCUCAUCUAAGACCAAUCCACUGGCUCCGCCCCCUUCCCCCUCCUCUUGGUCCCAUCCUGGUCUUACCUGAGACCAAUCCACUGGCUCUGGCUCCGCCCCCCCCCCCUCCCUCUCUGUGCUUGUCUUCAGUAGUGUAGCGGUUAGCCAGCUAGCUGUUUGAAAAAUAUUUUUAUUUCUGAAAGGACAGAUUAUUUCUUUUUUUCCUUUUUUUACAGUCCUUUAAUUUGUCUUUUUUAUUAGAAUUUAUUUUUCUUCCUUUGAGUCCCAGCUGUAAUUUAUUUGUGGCAUUUUCUUAAUUUUUUUUCUUCAGAAACCUAAGAUGACGACGAGAGGAUUUUUUUUUAAUUUAAUUUUUUUUAAUGAUUUCACUACGUUCCGGUUUUUAUUAAACCGACGUUGAGGAAAUUGAAAGAAAUAUAUCUUGUAAAAUGUUUAGCGUGAUCUUUUUAUUUUUAUUUUUUACAACCUGCCACGUCGAUUUGAGUUUGUACAGAUUUUACGGUCGACGUGGAUUUACCUUCGAUACGAGUUUGCAGUGAGGCGUUGAAACACAACACGUAGUUAUCAUCAUGCAGAUUUUAUUUCAAAUGCAUAUGACAUAGAACUGAGAUCGUAAGAAAAUGUAUUUCCCGAGUCACGACUACUUCCUCCUAACAUUUAACGAAAGCUUUAUCAUUUUACUCCUUCACAGAAAAUGACUCACUCGUAUAUGAUUACAUUGUUUUUGACUUUCAGUAUUGAUGAUGGAAAAGUCUACGUUUUUAAAAGUGCUUCUUCUAGUCUGAGACAUUUAGGAAGCGGAGCGGCGGCGGUCUGGAUGCUCGCCGCUCCUUCACGGUGUUUUUUUGGCGUGCUUUUGGGAAGUUUAUCGAGACGGAAAAGAUGAGAGAGAGAGAGAGAUAUGAGGAGGUUGUGUAUGUAGAAUGUGCUUCAGGUGGAGUAGGGAACCGUGAUGUCGAGAGAGGGCGAGUGGAUGUUGGAGGCGGAGCUUCAAGAUCCUGCUGUUGGUAAUGUGCUUUUUCUUUAAAAACUUUGAGAAGGGAUUUUUUUGGCCUGCAAUUUGUGGAGAGAAAUUAAACUAAAAAACGGAUUCAUUCUCGCGUUAUGCAAUAAUAAUAAUAUUCGUGCCCGUUUUGAGCGUCUGUCUUUUUUUUGUAGUUUUGUUUUGAGCGUCGACGGAAAGGAAAAGUGCCUGCUGAGCGUUUUCAUUCGAUGUCGGUUAACAGCGGUGGUCUCAAGUGAUAACGCGUGAGGUGGGGGGGGGGGGGGGGGGGUGUAGUUCUCACAAAUGUAUUGUAUAUUUUUCUACUGGUUUUCGGAGUCGGACUUCAGCGUCCUGCGGGGUGAGGAGGAGGAGGAGGCGGAGGCGGUUCUAUCAAGGUGCUUCAUCAAAGUAAUAAGAAGUGUUUCCGUUUGUUUCGUGGCGUCGUGGUCGAGCUUUUCUUUGAGGACUAAUUUAAUGUGAUGAUUGUAAGAGCGAUGAAAAUAAACAGGGUGUUUUUUAUUAUUAUUAUUAUUCUUUUUUUUACUCCACUACCGGAUCAAACUGAGCGAAGGGAAACGCUGCGUCUACGUCAGUAUUUGGAUCUGCAAAUCAAUGUUCUUUUAUUUAGUUUUUUAUAAAGAUCGUGAAUUGGUAAAUUAAUAAAAACCGAGGGGCCCCGAUGGCGUUUUAAACUUCCCAUGCGGCAGUUGUGUUUCGCUUUAAAUGUUCGCAUCACGAAGCGUGAACACGUCUUUAAUAACGCUCUCAAUUACUGUAGAGCACGACGCGCCUCCUCUUUGUCCAGGUGUGUGUGUGUGUUUAAUGGGGUUGCACCAUACAAACUUAAGGAUAUCUUAUAUAUAUAUAUAUUAUAUAAAAUAUAUUUAUUUAUUAUAUAUUUAAUAUAAAAUGUAUAUUAUAUAUAUAUGUAUAUAUUAUAUUUAAUUUGAUAUAAAAUAUAUAUUUUAUUCUCGAUUAUAUAUAUAUAUUAUAUAUACAUUUAUUUUAUAUAUAUAAUAUAUAUAUUGUAUAUUAUAUAAUAUAUGUAUAUAUUGUAUAUUAUAUAAAAUAUAUACAUAUACAAUAUAUAUAUUUAUUUAAAAUAUAUAUGAUGUACGUGAGCCUCAGAAUUAAUGACAUACCUAGAUAAUACACGACUGAAAUUGAUUUGGUCGUUCAGUUGAACAUUAUUGGCACGUUUUGUAAUUUGGUGUCAUUGUUUUUGUUAACGUUGAAUAAAUUAGCAGUUAUUUAGCACUCAAUAUUUAACUUUUUCUUUGCCAGAUGUAGUUUAUGUGGUGCAACCCAUUUAAACGUCGUGAUGUCGCGUCUCCUCGGAGCUCCUCUGGCCUUCAGGCCCCAGAAUUAGAAAAAGUGAAGGUUUCAUUUUGGUUCAGCACUGACUUCAAGUAAUUGUUAGAUUACAACACAAACAACAUAAACAACCCCUUAAACAGCGUCACAUCUGUAGGAAACUUGCUUUAAUAAUCCAUUUAAAAAGACCUUCCGUUGACGAAAGUGCUCUUAAUUUCUCAAUUGGACUAUUUUAGGUUGUUGCUUUUCUUCUUCUUUAAAUAUAAUUACCGCAUCUCUCCAAAACGCUGUAAUUGUGAUUUAAAGUGGGCUUUGAUGAACUACCUUACGCUGAACUUCUGCCAGUUCUUUUCGUUUGACUUCCGUCGCUGUGGAGGACGUGUGAAUAACAGAUUCCGUUAUUUAUUUAUUUUGAACGUGUACUAUUUGUCGGUUUCAACAGACUUCUAGUUUUGUACAUUAUGUAUACUUCACCUGGAAGUAAGAGAAUUGUUAUAUGUAUUUUGUUGUUUUUGAAGUGGGGGGGUAGGGAGGGUUUUAUUACAUUUUUAUUUUUAUUUUUUAAACUAAAUGUGCAAUACCUUCAGCAAACUGUGCUAGUGUGUGUGUGUGUGUGUGUGUGUGUGUGUUAGCUGUCUCCUGAAGGUAAACAAAAUGUUUGGUACUGUCGAUCCAUGUUUUCCUUUCCUUUAUUUUUAUGAAUAAGAUUCAUUUUUAGUUCUGUGGCUCGUUUAUCGUCAUGUUGCGUAAUCGCUGAGGUUUCUUUUUUUGACGGAUGUGUUAUAGGGACGAAUAAUGUUAAUAAAACACGUAAAGAAGAUACAAUAAAUCAUUUAUAUAUGUACGGCGCCGGGUUUUUUUGGUUACGUUUUGCUCGUGAAUCCAGUCCAUGCAAAGUAGUUUUUAAGAAUUCCUGGAUCUGCACGUCUCCCCCCCCCCCCAAAAAAAAACAACGCAACCAACGAAGAAGUGCACGGUUUUAGAAUUCAUGCACUCGGAUGAUGUCACUGGGAUCGGAUGAUGUCACCUCUAAAGAGAAACACGGAAAAUAAUCAUGUACUGCAAAUAAAAAGAAAAAAAAUACACUUUGA